AUGCAGCCCAUCGUAUCUUCGGAGAUGGCGGAGAGAUCUGCUGCUGCUGCUCCUGCUGCUGCCGCUGCUGCAGCCGCUGCACCCGCUGCGCUUGCAGACCCACACGAGACUCUGCUUGAAAGUCCCAAGAAGCAGCUGAAGCUGGCGCAUUGUCUGCAGGAGGAGAGCGUGUCUCAGGAGCAGCAGGAGCAACAGGAACAGCAGCAGCAGCAGCAGCAGCAACCACAGACUCCCAGGUCUGCUGAAGCCGCCUCCCGCGAGAACGGGAUUGCAGCCUUUAUGGCUGAUGGACCUUUUGCUGCUGCUGCUCUGGGGUGUACAUCAAUAUCGGGAUUUAGGGGAGCAGUAAAGGCCCUCUUUGAGGACUUUCAGGUUUAUGAGGACCCCCUGCUACAGCAGCAGCCGCAGCAAGGUGCAGCAGCAAACAGCAGCGAUGUGGGCAAGCCGCUGCGGCUCACGGCGCUGCCCAAUAUAGAGUGGCUGCAGCGGAGGCGGCAGCAGCAGCAGCUGCUGCUGCGCGGUGAGGGCAUCAUAAGUCCACUUUUCACGGUCCCCACAUUCAGAAAGGUUGUGCCUGCUGCUGCUGCAGCAGCAGCAGAAGCAACAGCAGAAGAAGCAGCAGAAGCAGCAGCAGAAGAAGAAGCAGCAACAGCAGCUGCAGCAGCAGCAAAAGUGCUCAGCCUAGCUGACCAGAUAAACGUACAAAGUUUUGUGCGGGCCCUCGCAGCUUAUUGCCUCCUUAGGAAAAAUGGGCCAGCAGCAGCAGCAGCAGCAGCAGCGGCAACAUCUGCAGCAACAGCUGCAGCAGACUCUCACGGUGAAAAAGAGCCUCUUCAAGGGCAGGAGCUUGCUGCAGCAGAGGCAGCAGCAGCAGCAAAAGCAGCAGCAAAAGAUUUGAUAGAGGCCCUUGAGAUGCCCGUUGAUGCUGCAAACAGCGAGCAGCUUCCCAGUCUUGCAGCAGCAGCAGCAACUGCUGCUGCUGCUGCUGGCAAACGGAAGGCUGCAGCAUUAGCGAACCCUUUGACCGAACUGGAGGGAGAGCCAGCUGCUGACGACAGCAGCAGCAGCAGCAGCAGCAGCAGUGCCAAAGGGGACAGCAACUGCUCAGACGCCUCUGCAGCAGCAGCAGCUGCUGCUGCUGCUGCAGAGUUUACGCUGCCAGAGCUGUGGCUGCUUGGAGACACCGCAGCAGCUAUCCGAGCAGCGGCUGCAGCAGCUCUUGCUGCACUGCCUCCAAGCGGCUCCGCUGCAGCUGCUGCUGCUGCUGCUGCAGCUUCAAGCAGCAACAAGGGGCUGAGGCCGGAAGCUGCUGCAGUUAUUAGCUCGCACUUGCCUGUUUCCCUGUGCAGCAGCGAGCCCAACAGCAGCACUGAAGAUGGCAGCAGCAACAGCAAUAGCAGCAGCAGCAGAAACAGCAGCAGCAGCAGCACGAUGUGGAGCGUCUCUUUAUCUGCACUUGAGGGUUUAUACAAGCAGCAGCGCAUGCAGUCCCACGGCGCUGUGCGUGUGCUGCUGCCGUUUGCAGUAUCUGCUGCUGCUCCCCUUUCUGCUGCAGCAGCUUGCGGCGUCUUUGCUGCUGCUGGUUCACACCCCACAAAUCCAGGCUUGCAGCAGCACGCCGCUGCGGCCGCCGCUGAGCUCAACCCCGCCAGUGCUGCUGCUGCUGCUGCUGUUGCGGAGCUGCCUUUUGUGUCUCUCGAUGCCAACUGGAGGCAGCAGCAGCAAGAUUUGCUGUUGCUGCAGCGGCAGCAGCAGGAGCAGCAGCAGCUGCUCCUCCAGAACGGCGACUUGGAUGCAGCUGCCGUAGCUGAGGCAGCUGCUGCAGUUGCAGCAGCAGCAGCAGCAUCUCCGCCGCAGCAGCUAAUCCGCAUAAUUCUACAGCCGCAGUGCCUUAUUUACCUAUUCAGAAGACACAGCACCAGGGGCCAGCAGCAGCAGCAGCAGCAGCAGCAAGGGGCCUCGCAUGGAGUAAGGAGGCCUUUCGGCCGCAAGCGCCCGCUGCAGAAGCUGCAGAGCCCACAGGACGAAGCCAGUAGCAGCGGCGGCAACAGCAGCAGCAACUCCAGCAGCAGCAGCACCGACAGCAACAGCAGCAGCAGCAGCACAAGUAUUCUUGCUGCUGCUGCUCGUGCUGCAGAGAAGUGUCUGUGUGGGGACCGCCGGCGCUUCUGCAACGACCGGCCAGCCCUUAUAUCCCCCCAGCAUCCCGAGUCCCCCUCACAGCAGCAGCAGCAGCAGCAGCAGCAGGAGGGAGGGGGCCGCUACGGCCUGGUGUUGCUGCUGAAGCAGAACCGAGACACAGCAGCAGCGCUGCACUGCCUCUCGCGGUGCCUCGGCCGUCCUGCUGCUGCUCUAUUUGCUGCUGGCACAAAAGACAGAAGAGGUGUCACUACGCAGCUCGUUUCUAUAGAAAGGGUGACACAGCAGCAGGUGGAGGAAGCAGUGCUGCAUGCACUUUACGACCGAAAUAUUUGCCUGCAGUGGUGGGGCUUUGCAAAUGCUCCGCUGCAUCUUGGAGAGCUCCGUGGCAACUUCUUUCAGAUUGUGGUUCGCAACAUCAGGCCCAUCAGCAGCAGCAGCAGCAGGACCAGCGACGACAGCAGCAGCAGCGACAGCAGCAGCGGGGGCGCUGUGCGUCUGCCGGUGGCUGCGCUGCAUGCGUUGCAUGCGUUUAUAAGCGAGCGCAUGCAGCAGCUUUCCUCUCGGGGCUUUUUGAAUUAUUUCGGGCUGCAGCGGUUUGGCAGCAAAGAGACACAAACAGCAGCAGUGGGGGCCUGUUUGCUGCGGGGGGACCACCGGGGGGCUGUGCGGCUAAUCCUCAGCAGCAAGCUCAAGCAGGCAGCAGACCUCCUGCAGCAGCAGCAGCAAAUGAAGGAGGCCAUGCGCAAGAAGCAGCAGCUGCAGCAGCAGCAGCGCCCCGGCGCCGCUUCAGAAGCCGACGCCGCGAGCUGCAGCAGCAGCAGCAGCAGCGACAGCAGCAGCAGAAUCAGCAGCAGCAGCAGCAGCAGCAGGGAAGACGAAGAGGGCCCCUUGCUGCAGUGCAGCCGCUUCGAAACCCUAGAAGAGCGGCUUGUGGUGGCGCUGCUGGGGGGGGCCUCUUAUGGGGAGGCGCUGCAGCAGCUGCCGCGACCAAGUUUGCUGCUGUAUCUGCAUGCAGCACAAGCUUUUGUCUUUAACCAUUUGCUGACUUACAGAUGGACAAAAUACGGAAACAAAGUCGUGCCGGGGGACCUGCUGCUGCAGCAGCAGCAGCCGCAGCAGCAGCAGCAGCCGCAGCAGGCCGGGGAGCUGGCCUCGGGUGCAGCAGCAGCAGAAGCAGCAGCAGCUGCUGCUGCAGCAGAAGAGGACCCGCAGAUGCUGGAGCUGGAUGAAGGAGAUGAAGCCGCUGCAGGGCAGCGGUGGGGAGGAGCAGCAGAGGCAAGUGUGCGGGUUGUUGCUUCUGCUGCUGAAGCAGCAGCAGCAGACAUCCACGACGUCGUGCUGCCGCUGCUAGGCAGCAGCAGCAACACGGUGCCUGAGUACCUGCAGCAAGAGCUGCAGCAGAUUUGCCAGCAGCACCUGGGCCUUGAUGUCCACCACUUCCUGCAGCAGCAGACGCACGCGCGCCACCCUGCUGCAGUUGCUGCUGCGGCUGCUGCUGCGCGGCGCCAAAAGCAGCAGCAGCAGCAGCAGCGGGGCUACAACGACAGGCGGCGGCGGCCGUUUAGGGGCAUCGGAGCAGCAAAGCUGCUGCAGCUACUAGGAAAAGAAGAAGCAGCAGAUGCUGCAGGGCCCCCUCUUGUGUCUCUUCCUGGGGGCUACCGCAAGAUUGUUGCAGCAGCAAAAGCAUGCAGCUGGCAGCUAGUGCUAUCGGGGCCGACAGCAGCAGAACCUCCGUCCCCGCUGCUGCUCAGCGAUGUAGAUGUUCUGAAGCAAAAGAAGCGCGCGGAGAGGGAACAGCGGCAGCAACAGCAGCAGGAACAGCAGCAGCAGCAGCAACCGCAGCAGCAGGAACAGCAGCAGCAACAGAUCGGGCCGAAUGCCCCGCAGGAGGGUGAAAAGCAGCAACAGGAAAAGGAACAGCAGCAGCAGCAGCAACAGCAGCAGCAGCGCGUUCCUUUUCGAAUAUCUCUGGACGAGGAGCUCCGCCCCGACUUCAUUCGCGACUGCAGCAAAGCGGGUGGCCCCUGCCUGGCGCUGCACCAGCUGGCAGCUGCCAGCAGCAGCAGCAACAGCAGCAGCAGCAUAGUAGAAAUAGAUGAAAGGCGCAAGGCCAGCAACUUAAGCCUCGUGCUGCGGCUGUGGCUGCCCCCAGGCGUUUACUGCACAAUGGCGCUGCGGGAGCUCAUGGGUGUACAUACACCCGAAGGCCCGGGCGAGUGGCGGGGCUUCUAA